GUGAAAUCCUCAAGACACUAUGCCGAAAGGUACCACAUCCUUUGGUAAGCGGCACACUAAGUCCCACACUAUCUGCCGCCGGUGUAGCAGCCGUUCGUUCCACAGGCAGCACAAGGAAUGCGCUCAGUGUGGUUACCCUCGUGCUAAGCUGCGGUCGUACGAGUGGGGUCAGAAGGCCAAGCGCCGAAAAACCACUGGUACCGGUCGCAUGCGGUACCUCAAGCACGUCUCUCGCCGCUUCAAGAAUGGCUUCCGGGAGAACACCGUCGCCGUCAAGCGCACGAAGAAGACGACAUCGGAGGCAUAAGUGCCACAUCUCUGGUUUCCCGGGAAGUGUCCCAUCGCACGUAUAUGCCAUGUCCCCUGUAUACUCCGCGGUUCGAACACGUCGCUUUAACUUUCCUCCAUUGCAUAAAAUACAUGAGCUAUGCCCAUAUGCAUGCAUUAAAUCCAUUAUCGCCCCUCAGAAGAGCCUCAGUCCGGGUGCGAUGAAAACUCCUCCAACUACUGGUUUUUAUUCUUAUCGAUUAUCCGCUGUAUGGGUUUCUAUCUCCGCUAUGAAAUUCAAC